UAUGCGCGUUCACACUUCCAGCGUUUUCAUGGCUAAUUCCGCGCCUCUGUGGCAGUUUUGUCGUUUGUGAUCGAGGUUUAUGGUGGACGGUUCAGGAAUGAAACGUUUUUGACUUUUUGUCGAAAGGUGUGGGAGAUUUAUGUUUGCGUGAUUCUGGAGCGGGCGGGUCUGAAUUGUCAGUGGAUUGAGGUGGCUUUACGCACAAGUUCCAUCCAAAUUAGCCACCAAUUGAAGAGCUCGGAGUAAUUAUUGCGCGGUGGGAUGGCAGAGGAAAUCCUCAACGACUCCUUCCCAGAUCUUAAAGAAGUGGAAAACAAGGUUGGCAGGAAAACACCGGAAAGUCUUUUGAUAUGGAUGAGGGAUGCUGCGGACUGCGAGGACGUCUGGAGGUCUGAUGUGGUCAACAGCGGAGACCGCGGCUCCGCCUCCAGCGAUAGCUUUUCUGAGAAAAUACGCAACUUAAAACAAGAGAUGAGGUGGCUGCGUUGUGCUGAUGUGAAGAUCCUGCGUCAGCUGGUGGCCGUGCACGAGGGGAUCGAGGCCAUGCGUUGGCUGAUGGAGGAGCGGGGAGCCUUAGCCAGCCAUGGCAGCAGUUUGACAGGCAGCCUGAGCAGCCUGGUGACAGCUGAGGAGCACGGGCCCUCCAUGUCCCCCUGCAGAGAAAGCCAGAGUCCAACUGAGGAUCUGACUGAAACCUUUGCUGAUGGAUCAGCCGAUCACCCACCACACACUGAUGAUGGUAAUUCAAAGCAUAAGAGUUACCUUGACAUGCUGAUCGCCGAGCGUCCUGAAGAAAGACCUCCCAGUCCUUUCAGGCAUGGUCAGGCAUCAUCUCGUCCUGACGACGGUUUGGCUAGUGCCAAAUUACAAAAGUCACAUCCACAGGACUCGGAUGCAGCUCCAUUACAAGACAUCAAAGCCGGUGCAGACGCCAUCAGAAGAGCUCUCCUCAGAUCUAACAGGGCAAGAAGAGAAGUGAAAGCAGAUCACGGUAGUUUGUCUCUCUCUACAGAGUCAGGGGAGACACAGACAGAGCGCCAAACUCAGGAGAGUAUCAGAGCCUCUCAGAACAAUACAAUGGAAGAGGAAGAGAGUGCACCUACCAGAGAGACAUCUUUGCUGGGCUAUGAUGCUCAGUGGUGCUGGGUGGAGUCACAGGACGAUGUGACAUUUUUAUGA